GAGAGAGAGAGAGAGAGAGAGAGAGAGCGCGCGCUAUUAUACUUCACAUCGGACGAUGAACAGAGUAGUUGUAGCAAAAGGAGCCUGAAAACAAAGUAUUUUACAGUGGAGUCUGUUGAAGAGCUGUGGGAAACGGCAAGAAGACCGUGAACAUGUGGAUUUUACGCCACCUGCUGGUAUUUCUUACGCACCUUUUCCUCGGGAGCUUUGCAGAUCGGUUCUCCAAUGGCUAUUACUAUCAAGACAUAGUAAAUGGAAAUGACAAUGGGGAGAUGUAUUACCACAGGAUCCGUCUUCAUGUUGAAUCUCCUCAAUCUCUGGUGUCAGCUGUUCAGGGGAGUAAUGUCACACUACCCUGUUAUUACCGCUAUGAGCCCAAGCUCAGUGCACCCCGCAGAGCACGGGUCAAGUGGUUCUGGAUGCCCAUAAACGGUGAAGGACAGGAGCGUGACGUCAUGGUGGCCAUUGGUCCACGUCACCGGAGUUAUGGCGAUUUCAAAGGACGCGUGCGCCUCCGCCGAGGAGCUCCAGGCGACGCGUCGCUGGUCAUCAACCCAAUACAGUCUGAUGAUACUGGUCGCUAUCGGUGUGAAAUUAUUGAUGGUUUAGAGGACGAGAGCGUUACUGUGCAACUUAAGUUUCGAGGUGUGGUGUUCCCCUAUUACUCCCAUAGGGGGCGCUAUCUCAUGAACUUCCAUGAGGCUUACGAGGCAUGUGAGAAGCAGGAUUCACAUCUGGCCACCUUUGAGCAGCUCUUCGCUGCCUGGGAGGAAGGGCUUGACUGGUGUAAUGCUGGGUGGCUCGCUGAUGGGACAGCACAAUACCCUGUCUCAGUGCCACGUGAGGCUUGUGGAGGUACUGAUCUGGCCCCUGGUGUACGGAGCUAUGGUGUUCGAGACAAAAGUCUGGACCGAUUUGAUGCCUUCUGCUUCACUUCCUCCAUUAGAGGUGAGGUCUACUUACUGCAGGAUUCUAUCAAACUGAAUUUCACAGAAGCAGUGGAGGCAUGUCAGAAUGAUGGAGGUCAUAUUGCUAAAGUUGGCCAGUUAUAUGCAGCCUGGAGGUUUGUCGGAUUGGACCAGUGUGAUGCUGGUUGGUUAGCCGAUGGGAGUGUACGUUACCCAAUCAUCAAUCCCAGGAUAAACUGCGGUCCAUCAGAACCAGGAGUCCGCAGCUUUGGCUUCCCUCCUAAGCAUUUAAAACAUGGCGUGUACUGCUACAAAGUCCGCUGGUAAAAGUACACCAAUUCAUUUUGAAGCUGAAGUGUGUAAGUUUUUUAUAUUUUUUUUAUUAAUAUUGCUUAAUAUGCAGAGACAACUAUAAGUAACCAUUGGUAUGUUUAUAACCUGAAAAGUGUAAACACUGGCUCUGUAGUCCUAUCAAAACAUUGCUCUGUUUAUUUGAGCAUCCCAACCAGCCCGACACAACAACAGUGGCUCAACCAGUGGCGUGAGUUUGGGGCAAGACUCUCUGUUUGUCCGACUGAUGGAAAAACAUUAUUUUGGCAAUUCUAUUUGAUGAUUCUAGUCACCAAUACACACUUCAGCUUUAAAUGUGCAAGGACUUCUUACAGUUCUGUGAAAAACAGUGGAUAAUACACUACUGAUAUUCAAAUGUUCAGAAUGUUUUUUUAUUUUUUUUAAAAAAUUUUUAUUGUGAAUUAACAAGUAAUUUGCAAUGUCCUGGAACUGAUCAGAGAUGUUCUUCUGUGUCCCAAAAUUACAUUCCUUCUGCUCAUUUGGGUAUUUACACUUUAAAAUGUAAAAAAUGAAGGUUGAGAGUGAGUGAUGGAUCAAGCAAAUUGUAUUUGUGCUACCAUUUUUUAUAUUGCAUUUAUAGUUCAAUGGUUUUUUUAAAUAAUUUUCUAUCCAUAAUAAAGGGUUUAGGGCUGCAUUGGGUGGUUGGGCAUUCCUCAAAUACUUAAGUGAUCUUCUCUUCCAUGGCAGAAUGAUUCAGUUACAGUAUGUAGCAUUCUAAUGCAAAUAAUCAGUUGUUAAUGCUAUCUCCUGGUAUCAAAUUUAUAUGCAUGAAUGCUUUCUAUUUUGCUUUAAAAGUCAUCAUCCAAAAAUUACAUAUUUCCUGUCAAUAAAUUGUUUCUUUUCCAAUAACUGUUCUGUAU